AUGGCUCCUGCUGCAACAAACACGGAUUGGACUGUGGGGUUCGACACCUUGCGCCGAGAAGAUCUGUUCAGGAACCCACCGAAGGACCGAUCGCCUUAUCCCCUUUUGCAGGCCGCAAUCCGACCUCAUAUCGACUCGUUCAAUGCGCUUUUCGGCGAAAGCAAGAUCAUGGAGGAGGCCUUGCAUGACAUGGGCACCAAGACCUUCUUAGACGGUGAAAUUGAGACUCCAGAUCAGAGAAGAGCGCGGAAAGCUAGAGGUGAAGCGCCACCUCAGCGCAAUCGUCUCAAUUUGCGCAUCUCUGAGAUUUUCCUGGAUAAAGCUGUGCUGCCAUCAGCAAAUAAAUUUGUUCCUCGCAAUGCCAGUUCCGAAUACCGCAACAUAUACCCUGCAGAAUGCAGAGAGCGACAUGCUACGUACAGAGCGAGGCUGCGUGUGAGAUUGCAGUACCAGGUCAACAAUGGCGAAUGGCACGAGUCCGUCCGAGAGUUGGGACAGGUUCCGUUAAUGUUAAGGACAAACAGAUGCCACCUGGAGUCUUUCAGUCCUCAGCAGUUAGUGGACCACAAGGAGGAAUCUGAGGAACUGGGUGGCUACUUCAUUGUCAACGGAAAUGAGAAGCUGAUCCGAAUGUUGAUCAUGCCCAAGCGAAACUAUCCAAUGGCCAUCAGUCGACCGUCUUUCCAGAAACGUGGUGCCGGAUUUACCCAAUACGGUGUGCAGAUUCGUUCGGCUCGCCCAGAUCAGACUACGCAAACGAACGUGCUUCAUUAUCUCGCCGACGGCAACGUCACCUUUCGAUUCUCGUGGCGCAAACAAGAAUACCUUAUACCCGUCAUGAUGAUCCUGAAGGCGCUUGUUGAAACCAAUGACCGCGAGAUUUUUGAAGGCAUUGUCGGCAAUGCCUCGUCCAAGGGGCCCUCCAACACUUUCAUCACGGACCGUGUGGAGUUGUUACUGAGAACCUUCAAGGGUUACAAAAUCUACUCACGAUCAGACGCCAGAGCCUAUCUGGGGAAAAAGUUCCGUCCUGUCUUAUUUGCGCCUGCGACUUGGACACACGAGGAAUGCGGUACUGAAUUCUUGCGAAAAGUCGUCCUACCGCACUUGGGCAACCAGAAUGUGACGACUACGCAAGAUUACGAUAAAUUCAAAUUACUACAAUUCAUGAUCCGAAAGCUCUAUGCAUUUGUCGCUGGCGACUGCGCUGCCGAUAACCCCGAUGCUGUCUCGAACCAGGAGAUUCUCCUUGGAGGCUACGUUUACGGCAUGCUGCUGAAGGAAAGGCUUGAAGAAUGGCUACUCAGCUUUGGAAGACUCGUUCGAGAGUGGUCAUUCAGGGGCGGCAAUCUUAAGUUCACAGACCCGUCAUUCGAGAAGGAUUUUAUCGCCAAAAUAAUAAAGCGUACCAACGAGAACAUCGGUGGAGCAUUAGAAUACUUUCUGUCGACCGGAAAUCUGGUUAGUCCAACUGGAUUGGAUAUGCAACAGGCAUCUGGUUUCACCGUGGUAGCUGAGAAGAUCAAUUUUUACCGAUUCAUUGCUCACUUCCGCAUGGUUCACAGAGGUACUUUCUUCGCCCAGCUGAAAACCACUACAGUGCGAAAGUUGUUACCAGAAAGCUGGGGUUUCUUGUGUCCUGUCCAUACUCCCGAUGGUGCUCCCUGUGGAUUGCUUAACCAUCUGGCGCAUAAAUGCUUGAUCGCCACUGCGGAUCUAGAUGUGUCGCAUAUUCCUCGUGUUUUGGCUCAAUUGGGCAUCAAACCAGACGCUUCAGCUGAGAUAGGCGAGUCUGUUUGCGUUCAGUUGAACGGGCGAGUCAUUGGAUACUGUUCACCGAAACAAGCGAAGAUGAUUCAUGACACACUCCGAUUUUGGAAAGUCGAGGGCACCCAUGACAUCCCCAGGGAACUCGAAAUCGGCUAUGUACCCAACAGCAACGGAGGUCAGUACCCUGGCAUCUACUUGUUUUCGCAGCCUGCGCGUAUGUACCGUCCGGUCAAGUACCUGGCACUCGAUAAACUUGACUACGUCGGGCCUUUUGAACAGCCAUUUAUGGAAAUUGCCUGUCUUGAAUCCGAUAUUCGGUCGGGCAUUUCAACGCAUAUCGAAUUCACGCCCACCAACAUUCUGUCUAUUCUCGCCAACAUGACACCGUUUUCUAACAACAACCAAUCUCCACGUAACAUGUACCAAUGCCAAAUGAGCAAGCAGACUAUGGGUACACCGGGAACAUCGAUCGCGUUCCGUACGGACAAUAAGUUGUAUAGAUUACAAUGUGGCCAGACGCCGAUCACUCGACCGCCGUUGUACAACGCGUAUGGUCUGGAUAACUUCCCUAAUGGGACGAACGCUGUUGUGGCCAUUAUUUCAUACACGGGAUACGACAUGGAUGACGCUAUGAUUAUCAAUAAAUCCUCUCACGAGCGCGGGUUCGGUCAUGGAACCAUCUACAAAACCAAGUUCUAUAACUUGGAUGACAAGGAAUCGCGACGAAACAAGUCCAAGCGUGAGAUUAGCAAGCUCUUUGGAUUCGCUCCGGGCUCCGAAAUCAAGGCCGAAUGGCGCAAAACGCUUGACGAGGACGGCUUGCCUCACAUUGGCGUCAAGAUCACAGAGGGCAGCUUGGUCGCGGCCUGGCAUACUGUGCGGUACGACGCGGCCAGUGACUCGUAUAUCAAUGUAGAUGGACAUACACAUUUCCUCAAAUACAAAGACGCCGAAGAGGGUUUCAUUGACAGCGUCCGACUGGUCGGGAAUGAAAACGGAAACGAGCCACUACAAGCUGUCAGUGUCAAGUUCCGCGUCCCACGUAAGCCUGUCAUUGGUGAUAAGUUCUCCUCUCGACAUGGACAGAAGGGGACGUGUUCGCAGUUGUGGCCUCAGAUUGAUAUGCCAUUUUCUGAGAGUGGCAUUCAACCUGAUUUAAUCAUCAACCCUCACGCUUUCCCAUCCCGUAUGACCAUCGCCCAAAUCAUCGAGUCGAUGGCCGGUAAAGCCGGUGCACUACAUGGAUUCCCACAGGACUCGACACCCUUCCAAUUCGACGAAGAAAACACCGCAGCUGACUACUUCGGUCACCAACUGCGCAAAGCAGGAUACAACUACCACGGCAACGAGCCGAUGUACAGCGGCAUCACAGGCAAAGAGUUCGCCGCAGACAUCUACCUCGGCGUCGUCCACUACCAGCGUCUGCGACACAUGGUCAACGAUAAGUUCCAAGUACGUACCACUGGACCCGUGAACAGUGUUACGGGGCAGCCCGUCAAGGGCCGUUCCAAGGGAGGUGGUAUUCGAGUUGGAGAGAUGGAGCGUGACUCGCUACUUGCGCACGGCUGCGCGUUCUUGUUGCAGGACCGAUUGAUGAACUGCUCCGACUCGCAGCGUGCAUGGAUCUGUCGUGACUGCGGCUCAUUCCUGUCUACUCAGGUCGCCGUGUCGUCUGCAGGCACGUCCAUGGAUGUCAACAAGGGGGCGCUCGCAGCCGCCGCAAAGGCCACUCCCAACAAUCAAAUCACCUCAUCGCGCGUCAGUGCAGUCAAUGCCCUUGGCGGCGUGAACGGGAUUGUGCGCUGUCGCCGAUGCGCGCGCGAAGCGGUGUUUGACGAUUCGCGAGCGGACGUCUGGGAAGAUGGGGAUGGAAGUCGGUUUGUGGGCGGUGACAAUGUUACUAUUGUCGCUGUGCCUGGCGUGUUGAGAUAUUUGGAUGUGGAAUUGGCUGCUAUGGGCAUUCGGUUGAAGUUCAAGGUUGAUCAUUAG